CUGCUCCUCCCCCAGUCCGAACUCUGACGCGACUGAGGGUGCCUCGCGAUGCCUACUCCGGUUGCCAAAGGUAUGCUUGCUCUAGAUGGUCUUUUCAUUGUUUCCUACUACUUUGACAGACUGCUUUUGCUGCGUUACCCGGGCGGUGUGCUUAUCAGUAAUUGAAUGAAUGGAUGAUCUAUGAGCUGCUCGAGCCCGGCUCGAUCGGCAUCGUCUGUGCUGUGAUUUCAGUGUAGCUUUUUCUUUUCUGAUGUGAAAGAGCGAUCCUACUCGAGUGCUUUCAGCGCAGAAGGGGUGGUACUGACAUCUCAGGGAUUAUAAUCACCGUGUCGGCGCUUGUCGCUGCAGGUAUCGCGGUUUACGAAUCGCCUCAGUUCCGACAAUGGGUGAACAACUCGCGGCGAAAGCUCGCACUGGCGCUACAUAAUCUUGGCGAUGAGAUUCAUCCACGAGACGCAGCCGUUCACAGACAGGACAUCUCGAUGACGGAGGAUAUGGGCGCUGCGGCUGAGGAGCGACGGCGGCUAGCGGUAGAAGAGCUUCAACGGCGGCGCAGCUUGCUCGAAGCACGUCGCAAGGCUCGAGGAUGUACACCGGCCAGCAGCUUCGAUGCGUUGGUGGACGAAAGUGGUCACCUUCUGGACAGUCCGGAGCCACAUGUAAAUGAUUCCAUGGCAAACUCGACUGCGGUGGAGGUGACGACGUCGCAGCCGGUCCAACGCGGCAAGCAGACUGGGAGCUCGACUCCCCUGGUUGAAACUGAUGGCCUGAACAACAUCGGAAAUCGCCUGCAGAUUGCCAUCCCGCUGUCUGGCUCCCAUACUCCAUCGCUGGUUGAGUUCACACCUACUUCGGAAGCUCCGGACAAGCUUGCGACCUCGUUGCUUUCCCAGGCCGAAGAGGGCGAGCGUUCCGUAGAAUGGGGCGGCUAUCAUCGGCCCGACUCAGCUGCUUCGAGCCAUACAGAAGAUUAUUCUCAGGUAAUUUAUGCCCAUCCAGAAGAUCAUGCAGUCAACGACACCGGCCGGGACUUGAGAUCUCCAUUUUCGGACCUGUCGGACCUGCAUUCCGAGCGCCAUCCCGGCCAGCGCCCGUCUACGCCGUCUACAACUGGUAGCUUCAGUCAGAUCUAUGAAUCCGCGGUUGAUGGAUCGGAGGGCACUUUGAGUGACUUUGAGCGGUCCGGUGCAGCUACCCCGGCUAGCUGGUCCGAGGUUGGGAGUGUUAUUAGCAAUGAGGAGCCCCAUCAUAUGUAGGCACGAUGCUGGAUUUAAUUUGAAGGACUUUUUGAAGGAAGACAGAAAGGACGGCGAUCAUGGGAAGGCGAUCGGUGUUAUUUGCUUGGAUUUAAUUUGCUUACUUAGGGCGGGAUGUCGUGCCCGUCAAGGUUGAAGACUGUAUAUAUAUUGCUAGUUAGAAAUACGGAGGUCCCAUUCUGCAGAUCCCGCAUAUUUUAUCGUGUCGGAGGGCAUUCGC